AUGGCGAAGGAAAAGAUUGUUGAAUUUGAGGAGGGGUGGAACUUGAUACAGGAAGGAAUUACCAAGGUUAAGAACUUCCUUAAAACUGAAAACCCCGAGAAGCAGUUCAUCGGUGCAGAGGACUACAUCAAGCUUUAUACAGCAAUUGUGGACAUGUGUACUCAAAAUCCUCCGAAUUGCUAUGCCAAUCUGCUCUACGCCAAGUAUGGAGAGUCUUUUGAAGAGUACAUCACAUCCACGGUAUUGCCUUCACUUCGAGAGAAGGAUGGGGAAUUCUUGUUAAGAGGGUUGGUCAAAAGCUGGUCUAACCAUAAAAUCAUGAUCAAAUGGAUGAGUCGGUUAUUCCGAUAUAUUGAUCGGUAUUACAUUAUCCGGAAGUCACUUCCAUCACUGAGUGAAGUUGGAUUAAUUUGCUUUAGAGAUCUGGUGCAUGCAGAAUUUUAUAAAAAAGUUAGAGACGCUGUUAUGUCUCUGAUUGACAAGGAGCGAGAGGGAGAGCAAAUUGAUCGAGCACUAGUGAAAGAUGUCGUAAAUGUUUUUGUCGAGCUCGGUAAUGGGAAAAUAGAUUUAUACGAGAACGACUUUGAAGCUGAAAUGCUCAACAACACUGCACUAUAUUAUCAUCAGAAGGCGUCUACCUGGAUUUCUGAGGCCUCUAGUACAGAUUAUUUGCUCAAAGCUGAGGAGAGUUUAAAGCAAGAAAAGGACAGGGUCUACCAUUAUCUCCAUUUAAGCAGCGAAAAGAAGUUGCUUGAGAGGGUGCAACAUGAGCUGUUGACUGCGUAUGCCACCCAACCACCUGAUCAGAAGCAUCACUCUGGAUCCAAGGCAUUAUUGUUUAGGGACGAAAAGGGGCAAGAUUUGUCAAAGACGUACUUGCUUUUCUCCAAUAUACCUCCAGACCUGGAAGCUGCUGCCAAUAAGGUCUUGCAGCAUGCUGUGGAUGGCGGUCCAGCUUUGGCUGAUGAAGCUGAUCAUCAAGAUGCUGCAAACAAUUAG